AGCUGAAGGUUCUGUGAAUGUGGUACGUGGGUAUUUGAUGAUUAUUGUGCGUUCGAUGGACAAAUUUGCAACUUGCGAUGAACAAAACUAGAGUUACGGGUCGUUUGUUAAAGUGUUCGCGACAGUGCUGUGUUGUGUAAUUCAGGAGUUGGUGUUUUUUAGUCAUUGCUCAUUGCCCUGUAGCUGAAAACCCAGACAAACAAAUCACAACCUGCAAAACAACGGCAAUUUUAGCAGAGAACAGCUACAUUGAUGAAUCGAUCGUGAGCCCGUUUGUGCAGUGUCCUUAGGAAAGGAAGGUGGACUAUAUCUCAGCCCCUGUUCGGGCAGGGAACGAAGCCACUGUACGUCAGGAUGGAGCGAUUUUCGAUCAGUAUCCUCCGUCAGCAGGUGUACAACAUUUGCCGUCUGUGCGGGGUGGACAAUCCGGACAAGACUUUAAUUCUUGGCGACGAAGAUGUAAUUUGCAUUAUGGAGUCGGAUGAGCCGAGCUUGGCAAAAAAGAUUGAGGAAUGUGUAGGAAUACAGGUACAUGUGAACGAUCAAAUGCCGCAAAACAUUUGUUCACUGUGUGUGGACAAGGUGAACGAUUUCUACGAGUACCGUCUGAUGUGCGCCGCAACCAACAUACAGACGCGAACGUUUCUCAAUUUGCCGCUAGUGCAACCCUCCAUAUCGUUGCUGAAAUCCGAACCGGAAUCCACCGUCGAAGAACUAUUGGACGAUAAAAGUCUAGCUACAGUAUCCACCCAAAAGCAUAGUCCGAAAACGAGAAACCGCAAGAAGCAGCUAGGAACCGAGGAGCCGGACAACAGUGGGGAAGAUACAGAUUUGAAAUCGUUUCCCGACGUACCCAGCGCCGAAAAACGCGUCAAGUACGAGCACGCGUGCCAGUACUGUAAUGAAAAGUACGACCAACCGACCGACCUGGAGCGACAUUUGGUCGUGAAGCACACCCCGCUCGUACACAAAUUUGGCUGUGGAUCUUGCAUGGAGUACUUUGACACGGCGUCGGAAUACAAGGACCACAAUCUUUGGCACAAACUGACACGAACAGCGUUCGGUUGUUUCCGGUGUGGCAAGAAGGCUGCUAAAAUCGGAACUCUUAACAAGCAUGUGGCGCUGAAUGCCUGCAUAAAACGGCCUCCAGUAACGGCAGAAGUCAAGCUCGUGCCCGAUAUGCGCUGUGCGUUGUGCCAGAAAGUGUUCAAAACGCGCAACCUGUACGAAUGGCACGCAUGCUUCAUACGCGCCCGGGCCAACUGUCCGAAGUGUGGAAAGUAUUUCUUGAAAAAGAACCUGCUCACCCGCCAUUUCAUGCUGUACUGUACCGGGACGCUUCCACUGAUGGAGCCCGACUAUAUGCUGAUAAAUGAGGCUGGCAUCGGGCCGGCAAACGGAUUACCACCGAAUGAGAGCUUAGCUCCGGGCGGCGGCACGGUGGUGCCCAAAAGACGCCGGGGUCGUCCGGCGCGAUCGACAGAACCCAUGAAGGAAGAAACACUUGAUUUGCCAUUCCCACCACUGCUGGACCUUCCGGACGUGAAAUCGGAGAACAACUCGGUGGCGGACGGUCAACUUUCGUCCGAAGAAACGGGGUCGAAUGAGGAGCUGAAUGAAGCACAACGACGCGCAUCGUUGGUAGAGGAGACGGACAAAAUAACGACGCUGCUGCGUUCCGGGGCGUCCGUUGAUGGGAACACGGACAUUGCAACAAUCAGUAGCAUGCUGUCGUCGGUGAACGAGGCCAUCGCUACCAUUUCGAAGGUACGCAAAAUGAAAAAGAAGCGCGAUCGGGGGCAUGUUUCAGGCGAAGGUGGAGAGAGAAGAAACCCGCCCAUGGUUGUGCUGUCGAUGGCCAACGUCAAGCAGGAAGCGCAUGACGAUCCCAACGGGUUUGUUACAUUAACAAAUAGUGCCGGCGUGGGAAAAGAGCUCAAUGCAACGGCUCCGAUGGACGAUAGCCAUCAGACACUGUCAGCAGCUGGAGGAGAAUCCGACCAUGACAGUGGCGCCAGUGAAGCCGGAGACAAUGUGGGUGAUAGCUUUGCUGAUCGGAAUGAUUCUGAUGGUGAUAGUAGCGACGUUGAGAUCAUAAGCGAGGACACCUAUCGUGCGACGGGGCCGUCCUCAAAUGCUGCUGCCAAUGAGCCGGAAGCAACUGGACCGCUGCAACAAAUGGUUCCGAUCAAGCAAGAACCAAUGGCCACCAACGACGGUGACGAGUCGGACUUUGAGGGAUAUGAAGAUGCUUCCACGUUUGUUGCCGUCAAGCAGGAACCAUCAGACCCGGAACCGGUGGCAACGGAACCACACCAUGCCGAACCAUCGGUUUCCUCAUACCAAGCCCUUCGGAUAAAGAUAAAGAAGGAAAAGGGUUUGCUUAAUGCUUCCGUGAUCGAAACGGGCGAUCCGGUCGAUCCGAUAGGAACGCCCGAGGUGAAUGGGCAGAAAGCACCAAAAGCACACAGCAAAAGAAGCGCCCGUCCAGUGGGGGCCAGUGGUAUGAAAGCGACCAAACCGGCAGCUAAGCAAAACGAUCUCCCACCACCUGCGAAACGUCCUCGGUCGACAUCGGCGGAGCUGCUGAUGGUGCCGAUUAAACAAGAACCGCUGGAAAGCAAUGAGCAGCAGCAGCAGCAGCAGGAAAGUGUUACGACCGAACAAUACUGUACGACGGACACUACAUUCUUCGAUUCUUCGAUGGUACGAGUCAAACAGGAACCGCUAGACGAUAGCAGUCGACCACAGUGUAGUUCCGGUGCAUCACCCUUGCCUGCUACCGAGUCCGAACCACCAGCGAGUCCUACCGAUAUUGUAGCCUUUGAUGGAACGCGCAUUAAGCAAGAACGGGCCGACAAGGAACCUGUGGCGCCGAAAGCGAAGAAAGCAUUAAAUCCACUCAGUCUUACCGGUGUUCGUUUGGCGGGAAGUAAAAAAUCUGCCAAUAGCAAUCUACCAAGUCAACCAACAACGGCACAAAAAAGCAGCGUAAUGAUAAAUCCCUUCGCUUUGCUGAAGCAGAAGGAGAGUCUAUCGACGGACGAUGGGCAGGCGUCGGGUACGAGAGAGAACGAUACCUCAGUUCAGUUAGGUUUGCCUGUUAUAUCGCAAGUCAAAUCUAUAGACCCGGUAGAACAUUCAUCGUUCACUGCCGAGGCAACUGUUGAAGCUGGACCGUCGUCCCUGGAAGUAGAGCACCCGCCAGCCGAUGCGACCGCUGAGUUGGAACAUUGCGAUGAUACAGCAAAUCCACCGAACGCGGAUUCUUCUCCCCCCACCGAACUCAGCUGCGACGGUUCCGAGCCCACGGCUAGCAGUGUUCCGCCAAAGGAAAGUGUAAGUGAGCUAAAAAUCGCCUCCGUAACUACAAUUUCGGAGGAUGCAUAUGGUGGCAGCAACGAAGAACCGCUAUCCACUGCGCCAGACAUGCCAACUGAAGCUACCGCAAAUGACGACGAUGAGGAAGCGCUAGCGACUGUUUCCGAACCCGACCGUGUGAACGACGAUGCAGCAAGUGAUACCGCCGGAAUACCGUGUCGUGAGCUUGCUGAGAAAGAUCUCUUACCAACGCUUGACUUUCCGGACGAUGGAAUGCGUCAGGUUGAAGAAGAGCCCGAACCUGACACCAGUGAGGAAGAAAGAGGCCAAAUGGAUUCCGCAGAAGCUUCGGAGCCGGCCGAGGAGACGGUGGUGGAGGAUAAUGCUGUAGUGUCCAAGGCGGAUGAGCAACAAGAGUGUGAUGAUAUCGUUGCAGCCGAAGAAAGUAUACCUAGUAUCGAUAAAACUGCUGUGUCAAACACUGCUGAAAUGCCAACAACGGCAGCAGCAGAUGAACCAGAUGUAAAUAUUAAUGCUUCCACCACUACGAAAGAGGUUGAACAAUUAUCCAACGUGACUGUAGCAGCAGCAGCGGAAAAUCACUCAGAACCACUGGAUCCGUGCGCCGUUGCUGGGAAUGAUGAAGUUUUAGUCGAACCACAGCAAUGUACAUCUUAAUUUUACCGAUGGAUAGCAUCAGUAGUACACAAGCGCGUGUGUGAGUGAUUUAAGUGAUAAACACGCGCUCUAGCACUCGGUAAUCUAGAAUCUAGCACGAUGUGGUUCGUUCGAAUCUACACGAUAAGCGAGAGGAGGGAGUGAGCCAUGUAUAGAGCAUUUAGCGAACAGCCGCGAUAGAGGGAUUUUCUUGCUAGGAAGAAAUUUUCACUGAACAAACCACAUGUAGAGUAUCUGAAGAAAGAUAAGGCUUAAGUUAUAAUACGAUGAUGUGUCGUCAUAUAAAUGGUAACAUUAAAAUAGACGUUAUUAUCGAUGC